CUUCUUCUGCAGGCUUGAGCCUAACUCAGGCAAAGCAGGGUCUGGGGACCUGAGUGGCUGUCAUGAGGGUCGGAAAAGCGCGGAGGGCUUUAGGCCCUGGGCCUUCCUCUGUCCUGGUGAGGAAUUGGAGCGCCUGUGCACUUUGGGGCCUAGGCUGGGAAGAAGCCAAGCUAACACACACGCCAUGUUGGUCUGUGGCCCCUGAGGCCAUCUUGAGCCCUUAGCUCGGCAUAGGGUCGGUAGCCAUGAGGUGUGGCUGCUGGACAUUUGCUGCAGACCUGGCUGAGUCUGGAUCUAGCAGCUGGGAGGACAGGCUGUAGGUCUCCAGAAGUUACAGUCAUUGGCCAAGACAUGGAAGUUAAUGUGCACCUGGAAGGUUUUCUGGAGUCUUUGGACCUGGCCUGGGCUGGGUGUGAGAGUUAAAUUGAAGCCCCAAGGGUCGAUGCAUCCAGGCUGUGCUGGGAAUAUGUGGUUGAGGUGCUCUCUGCAGAUUUUCUGUAUUGGGUCCAGGUGGAACAACGUGGUCAGGAGGUAAGGCCAGUGAUCCUCUGAUGGUUCUGGGAUGGAAGCUUCUGAAUCCCAGUCCAGCUGGCUGCCUUGAUAAAUUAUUAUUGUCACGCAGUGGCUCAAGAUAGAACUGGGAUUGGGUGGUUCUGCGGCUUUUUGGUCUCCCCACCCUACUCUCCCUUAUUCCUUUUCUGGUCAUUCUCAGAAGAUAUCAGGCUGUAAGCAUGGGGCAGGUACGUAGGGAAGGUGAAUAUUAUACUGGACACAGGGAGAAGUGUGUGAGAUAUUCUGCUGUUUAGGAAAUCAAGUUUGUCUUUAGCAAUGCUUCCUUUAUACUCAUUGGGCAUGGUGUUGAUACUUACUUUCAUUCAGCUGUUUCAUGGUAUUAAAGCUUUCAGAGUGCUUUUGCAUUUACCAGAGUUCUUAAAGUAUGAGUAGAGGUGCAGGGCAUAGUCUAUGAAUGGAUUUCAAGGGGUUAUAAGCACCUAGAAAUAAUAUUUGUAUGUAUGUAGCCAGGCUGAAGGCACACAAUCCUAAGACCAUAAUCCUAAGGCUCUGAAGGCUGAGGCAGGAGGAUUACAAGUUUUGAGUCCAAGUUCGGAAGCAUAUGAGACCCUGUCUCCAAAUUUUGAAAAAAAUUUUACUGAGGUCAGUAAAUACCACACAUACACAUACAUAAAGAAUAUUUGUAUACAUUUGUGUAUAGGGAUGGGGGGAAGGAUAAGGAAGAAAGAAUAUUUAACAUGUCUAGGAAUGGGCUUGAGAGCAAUCUGUGGAAUUUGUCAUUCAUAGAGUAUGAAUACCUACAGUAGUCUAAUGUAAACAGUUGGUCCUAUGGCUUACAUUCUCAACUGGAUGGUUAUCUUGAAGAGAAUAAGAACCAUUGGAAUAAAGCAGGCUCCUGUAUUAUUUAUGGGGUCUGGACAAAACUACAAAUGAACAUUCCCCCCCUUUACUCCUGCACAGGUAAAGGUGUUGGCCCACACCUCAGUGUGUCUCACAUACUACGCUGCAUAUACAUUAAGUUUAGUCCACAUGCCCCUUACAUGCAAUCUGGGCCCAAGGUUGCAUAUCUGUCACACAGCCCACUGUCACGAGUACAAAUGUGGAGUUGAAGCCCAUGUUGGUUGUGGACAUGGAUUCAGAAUCAUUUGGUCCAGGAAACCCUGGGUUAUGGAUCCAGAAAACCCUGGGCAUGGUCUCAGGACAGGUGGGCCCUUCCUAGAUGCCCUGGGACUCCUUAGCCCACCAACAGGGACAUAGCCUGAGAUCUGAGUGAGACCCUCUGCCCUGGAUUAAAUGAACACUGGUACUCUGAACUGGUCUUGAAACAGUCCGUGUAAGGAAGUUGAGAGUCUUGGACAAGGUCAGCCCCAAAUUAGGUCUGAAGAGAAAGACCAUGCACUAUGAGGAUGCAGGGGAAUCUAAGUUUUCUGACUUCUAGUCUAGUUCCUUUUCCACAUAAUCCACAAAAGGUGUGCUAUGAUAAGUCUCUGUGACCUAGAUUCAGCUAACCCAGGUAUGAUUGUGUGGUUCCCAGUUUAUACAGAGCAUAGGUUUUUGUGUUUUUUGUUUUGUUUUUCCGGUACCGGGAAUCGAACUCAUGACCUCACGCUUGCCAGGCAGGCACUGUGCCACUAAGCUAAAUCCCCAGCCCUGAGAGCAUAGAUUUAAGGAGAGAAAGGAAGUAAUUCAUCCUGUGGUGUGGUAUCUCCUCCGGUAUGUUUGAUGUACUUAACUAGAAAGAGCAAACAUCUUGAAAGUUCAUGUCAGAUUUGGGCAAUUAGUCAAUCUAUCUAAGAUAUUGUGGAGAGUUUCAGCACACUGAUAUAUGGAAUGAAAUAUGUUUCUUGGUGGAAUUUUUCCUAAUUCAGCUUUUCUAAAUUGAAUCUUGUUCAAUGUGAUUUGGGGAGUAGGCUCAAUAUUUAAAAUAAAAAAAUAUUUAAAAUAAGUCAGAUGGAAGGGGAACAUUUUUUCAUAAAACAAGUAAUUCUUGACCUGGUGGUCUUAUUUUAAUAUUUAUAUAUAUGCGAUAUUUGUAUUGCUGCUGUGACAUUCUUAUAUCAGGCUGAAGGAGUUUAUGAUACAAGGCUUUCUGGAAAGUUCUGACUCGGCAGCCAGGCAAACACAUUUCCUGAAAAUGAGCACCUCAUACAUUUUUCCUCCUUACUGUCUCAUUAAUCAAAUCUAUCAGUAAGAAUGAAGAGCCAGGCAUGGUGACCCAUGCCUAUAAUCCCAGCUCUCUGAAGGGCUGAGGCAGGUCAGCAGUGUCCCUACCCUUCCAGUCAAAGUGCUUCUGCUUUCAGUGCUUAGCUCAGAAUGGCUGAGGUUAUACUGCCAAAAAGGUAGGAAGAGGCUAGACAAGUAGAGUGUCACUAGCUUAAAGGCUGAGGUGCAGAGGGCCUCAGGGUAACUCUAAGGAAGCCCUAAGGGGAUAUCCUUGGGUGGGGUAGACACUAAGUGGGAGGGAAGAUGAGGUUUCCCAUUCUUGGGGGCUUUUGUUCAUUCAGUGGGGAAUCCCCUUACCCCUCUCCUCCCUUUUAGGUUCCCCCGAAAGCCCAGUGAUACUCCCUGACUUUGAGGGUGCUGCCCUUUGAUCACAGUCCCCAACUCUUAAUCAUCAGUGGGAAAAACCACAGCUAUGGGGCAGCUGAGUCACAGGCACAUGAUGGAGGGCUAGGAGGUAAGGGGUUCACACCCCACCAGGCAAUGGUGCAGUCUUCCAGAACCCGGUACCUUUCCUUCUAUACUUGGGGUUUCUCCUUCUGGCUUUCCCCACUUCUUCCUUGUCCUUAGGGAUUGCGUUGCGUAUUUCUGUUAGAGGAAGGAUAUGUCCCUCUGUUUGCAUACCUACCAGGACUGAUGUUUUAUCUUUUAUUAUGUGAGUAUCGAAUGUGUCCCUGGGUGUGGUGAUGUGAGGGGUUAGAAAGCUCAGAAAUGGAAACUCUUUUUAACGCUCAGAGAGGCAGAUGAAUACAGCUUGCCCAUUUGCAUUUUCCCUUUCACUUUGACUCAUCUUCCCCUCUCCCCACCCCAUUGCCCCUCCACCAGCCUCACCCACUGACACACCCUGUCUGAUCUAGAAAGGGUUAACACUUGCCCACACCCAAGCUACAAUGGGAGGGAAGGCAUUUUAGAUCUGGACAGAAAAAGUACGUCUGAACAUUUUGGGGUCCUGCAGCCAAAGAUAGAAAAGGGGGUCUAGAAACAAUAAUAUUUGGAUCUAGGAGAGGACCAGGACCUAAAGGAGAAACCUAGGGGAAACUAGACUGUCUUGUCACCAGAGCAGCCCACUAGUACCUGACUUGUCUUCUAAUAAUUUAUUGUGCAUAUAAUAUAUGCCAGGCGCACACCAUAACUACUUUCAUAUGCUGAAUGAAUCAAAAACUUGCUAUAGGAUCAGUGAUAAUGCAAUAAGAAGCAGGAAAACAAAUUUGAGCCUCCUGGGCCUUAUUUUGUCCUCAGAUUAAAAACUGCUAACGUGUGAAAAGAGGGGAAAUCUCCAGGGACUUUGACCCCUUCGGCAGGAAGUGAAAGAAACCCGAGUCCAGAUUUCAAAGAAAUGUCAUUUGUCAUCAGUCCAAGAAAAGGAAAUUUUUCUCUCCAAAGACCACCACAGGCCCUUCUGGGGUUGCCCCCUUUAGAGGUGGGAGGAUCUGAGUCACACACACACACACACACACACACACACACACACACUCGCUCAAUGCCCAGAUAACGGUUCAUUCCCACACAGCAAGUAAUGCUUCCCAGUACCAACCCACGGAACAGGAGCCAUGCUUUUGACCUUCCUUUACCCUCUCCUUAGAAUGCAGAUGUUUCCAUCUUUUUUUUUUUUUUUUAACUGCUGAGGUAGUAGAAGUAGCUUCCAGCUACUACAGCUCUACUGCUACCUCUGAUGCCACUUGAAUGAUGCUAUGUUCUUACAGAGACAACUUUCACGUUCUUGUCAUUUCAUCCUCAUCCCCACCUUCCAAUGAGGUAAGCAGAGAUUACCCUCAUUUCAUGAAUGAGGUAACUGAGGCUCAAAAGAGGUGACUUGCCCACGGUGACUCAACUAGAAAAUGGCAGGGAUGACACCCAAAUGCAAGUCGGAUUAUUCCAAAGCCCUUGUUGUCACAGAUUUACUUCUUAUACUUCAGGAGUUCACAAAUGGGGAAAAAAAAAAAAAAAAGAGCUCACAAAUGAAGAGGCAGGAGACUAACCUGGCAGAACAUCUGGGUUCUGCAAACAGGUGUGAUCUCUCCUGCAGGUGUAAAGCAGAGCCAGGGUCAUUAGACCACACCCCCUGGGGGACUUGUGGCAGACUGAUACCUGGGACAUCCAAUGGAGGACUGAGGCCAGAGGCGGGGCUAGCUUCAGGGGAGGGGGGCAGGAGCCAGAACAGCAGUUCAGAGCAUGUGGUUCCAGGAGGCAGCUACUACGGGCUUGAGGCUUGAGAACAUGCUGUUCCUCCCUCCCCUUUCUGCCAUGGAUCCCACAUUGUAGCCUUUCUCUCAGAGUCUCUGAGAUUGGUAUUCAGGCAAGGCACAAUGCCCUUGUCCCCCACAAGAUUGCUUAGCCCCUAUGGCUCUGAUCGGUUGGUACGGCUCGCAGCCAGGCUCCGGCCAGCAUUGUGUGAUACCCUGAUCACUGUAGAGGGCCAGGAGUUCCCUGCUCACAGCCUGGUGCUAGCAGGUGUGAGCCAGCAACUGGGGUGCAGGGGCCAGUGGGCUCUGGUAGAAGGCAUCAGCCAUUCCACCUUUGCCCAGCUUCUGAGCUUUGUUUAUGGGGAGAGUGUAGAGCUGCAGCCUGGAGAGCUGGGGCCCCUUGAGGAGGCAGCCAGGGCCUUGGGGGUGCAGGCCCUGGAAGAGGCCUGCAGGAGAGCCCGAAGCGAUAAAACUGAGGACGAACUGGAUCCAGAAGAGCCAAGGAAGAAGUAUCAGGAGGAGGCAGAGGAACACACUAGGGAUUCUGAGAGAAGAAUGGGGUACCUCGGAAAGAAGCAAAACCCAUCUAAGUUUUUUGGACUUGGUGGGAGAGAACAGAAGUUGCACAAGCACAAGCCAGCAAGAGAGAGCCCUGAGACGCCAGUGGCAACACAGGAGGUUCAAGGGGAGAUGAGGUCAAAGGAGGAGAAACCCAGGCAAGUUCCUGUUGGCCACAGCAGAGCAAGUGGGAAACAAGGAGUAGUCCUCAGGGUGACAGAGAGCCCAAGGGGCUCUGAGGAAAGUCUUCGGGAGUUCCCUGGUCCCCUUCCCCUACCAGGUUCCCUUCAAACCAGAGUCAUCCCCAGGCCCUGGUGGGCUGAGGUCCCUUGGCUGAGGGAGGGCCAGCCUUCCCUGUGGAGCAUCCUGCUGUGGCCACCCAGAUAUGGCACUCCGUUCUCCCAUAGCACCCCCAUCACUGGAGGCUGGCAGGAGGUCUGGCCUCAGGAUCAGAGGAUCUCACUGACCCUGAACCACCCCAAAAGGCUCUGGAGUCAGAACCAGCUGGUCUCCUCCAGCCCCACCCCAGGUUCCCUCCCUCAGGGCCCUGUGCAGCUCAGCCCUGGGAAUAUGGAAGAGUCUGGACAGAGGCCCACAGACCCACAGGCAACCUGCAUGGUCCAGGAGGGCACAGCAGGGGGCUCAUCUCAACACCAGCCUCUGCCCACUCCUGUUCGGUCUCGGCCCUAUUCUUGCUCUGUCUGUGGCAAGAGGUUUUCACUCAAGCAUCAGUUGGAGACACACUACCGAGUCCACACAGGAGAGAAACCCUUCUCCUGUAGCCUGUGUCCUCAGCGCUCUCGGGACUUCUCUGCCAUGACCAAGCACCUGAGGACGCACGGGGCCGCUCCCUACCGCUGCCCUCUGUGCAGGGUGGGCUGCCCCAGCCUGGCCUCUAUGCAGGCACACAUGCGCAGCCACUCGCCAAGCCAGCUCCCGCCAGGAUGGACCAUUCGCUCCACUUUCCUCUACUCCUCCUCGAGGGAGUCCCGGGCCGUGACCUCUCUCGGUCCCUUCUCUUCCACCACCUGAGCUUCUCUGGCCUCAGCCAAGAGUCCAGUGAGUAAGGCGAGCCAUCUCAGCUUCUGAGCCGGCACCGCUUCUGCAGUGGCCUAGCAAAAUUCGGUCGCAGAAGCAUCGGAUAGGCGCCGAGAGCCCUCUACCGUAUAGCCAAGGGUGGCAGAAGCUUGGGCCAGCCACGGCCUGCGAGGCCAGGGCACUGACGUUUGCUCCAGAGAUCAAUUGUAAGGGUUCUGUCGGUUGCAUCACCAUAAUAAAGAGUUUCCGGUGCUGUCUGGUCAGCACAGGAAAAGAAAGGCAAAUCCAGACUUUACUCCUUGCUUGGAGACCCUCCAAGCCAAGUGUCUUGUCCUGUAGCGGCCCCUGGUGGUCGUGCGUCCGCUAAUCAGCAGGUCUGGCACCGUAUACUUUGCGGGGCGCCCCGUCCUCCUCCGGAGUCAUUUCUCAAAAGACUUCGGUGUCCCGGACAACUUCACAACAGGCCCGGGGCUGGGGGUGGAGGGUGGCUAUGAGACCUCAAAGACACUGGCCCCUUCCACAGCAGUACCCCGCGCGCGGGCUAAUCUAGGUGCGCCCGGCCCAGGGCUGGAACAGAGCGCAUGCUCCGUUCCGCUUUCGGCCGCCUGCCUCGGAGCGCAGGACCCGUGAGACGCGCCUCUCCGGCACCUUCUCUAUGUUCCCAGAGGAGCUGCCUCAGGAUCACGCCUGGAACUGAGACUAACCCUUUGCGUCGUCCCUUCCCCAGCCCACGCCUCCGGGUAGCGGCUGAUUUCGUUUCCCCGCGUCGGCCGGGUUCUCAGAGUCCGGAGCCCGCGGCACCCUGGGAGCAGUAGUCCGCGCUGGCCGCAGGCUCGGACCAGAACAAUGGGAGGAGUCUAGAGCGAGGACCACACCUUCCGGAGACCCGGAACUGGCUUUCCCGGUGCUGGUCCGAGGCCUGGGAGUCCCGGCUCUUGCACCCCAGCUCCAGGCAGAAGGAGCGGGGCAUGUAAACUACAUUUCCCGGAGGCCCCUGCGGAUCGCCCCGCCGCGGCGGCGACGCAGGGUCUAUGCUUUCCAGGUGCGGUCUUAAGAGUGACGGCCGCCGGCCCCAGACUCCCGCUCCCGUGGUGC